UUGUUGACAAAACUUGGCACUACUACUCGCUCGCUGAAGUUUGUUUUUGUCUGCUGCUGCUGCUGCCGCUGCUGCUCUUUUGUUUUUCGUAUCUGCCAGAUACGCGCGCACAUCCCGCCCUGCAGGUUGUUUUCGAGGUCCAGCGCAAAGGUCGUCAUUCUCACGGUUGUUUCCCAUCGUCGGCGUCGCGUGCGCAAUUCAGUUCAAUCCAAUCCGAUCCGAGGAGCUUCAUCUAGCGACGGCUAUCCGCGAGAUACAAGUGCGCCCCAGUGGAUACAAGUGUCGCCUAAUUGGAUUACAAUGCUCAACGCAGCGCUUUCGAGUCGCGGAAAACUCAUUUAAGAGCAGUUCACAUUUUGUUGGAUACUUCUAAUUAGACUGCCCAAUACCUGGAUUAAAGAAGCUGUUGCAAUUGGAAUAUGGUUGUUAUAAAUGGCUACAGCUUCAAAACGCAGCCACUUCUCACACAGCAGCCCGAUCACUCUCAGCUCACCCAGUUCCCGCAGCCGCAAAGUCAGGGUCCGCAUCCGGGUCACAAUCCAAGUCCAGGUCAGCAGCAGGCGGGUGGCUCCAUGACCAUGCCGUCGUCGUCCGCGAGCAAGGGGAAACGGGAGUGGGACAUCAACGAUGCCAUUGUGCCACAUGUGCCGGACCAGGAGUUCGACGAGUUCAACGAGUGGAGCGACGGCCAUGUGAGGCACAUCUAUUCGCUGCACAACGAGGAGGCCAAGAAGCACAUUUCCGGCUGGGCCAUGCGCAACACGAACAACCACAACGUGAACAUUCUGAAGAAGAGCUGCCUGGGCGUCCUGGUCUGCUCCCAGCACUGCACCCUGCCCAACGGAUCCAAGAUCAAUCUGCGUCCAGCCAUUUGCGACAAGGCGCGCCGGAAGCAGGAGGGCAAGGCGUGCCCCAACAAAAGUUGUCGUGGCGGCCGGCUGGAGAUUAAGCCGUGUCGCGGUCACUGCGGCUAUCCGGUCACCCACUUUUGGCGGCACUCUGGGAACGCCAUCUUCUUUCAGGCCAAGGGAGUGCAUGAUCACCUGCGUCCGGAUCCGAAGAACUCCAGUGUUUCCAAGAGGGCCUUUGGCCGCGUGCCGCUGGGAGGAAAGUCCGCCAAUGGAUCACUCCCCAAGAAGUCGGUCAUUGCGGGCCUGGUCAAGCAGGCGAAGCAACAACACAGUCUGAUCAGCAAGGUCCUCAAGCGUCCUGCUGCCAGCAAUCCUUUGGCUCACUCCGCUCUGGAUAUAUAUCAGUACAAUGGCUGUGGCAAGUGCGCCGGCUAUAGCCACUGCACCUGCAGCUACCUGGAUGAUAGCACCACGGCGAGGAGCCACCAGUUGUCGCAAUCCUCGACUUACGGCACCAAUUCCUGGCCGCUGAGUGGCUCCGAGUCCUCGGCGCCCUGCGACACAGCAGCCAAUGUGUUCACGGUCAACCAUCAGCACAUCACCUACAACUAUCCCAUCUACCACGCAACUCCGGCGGCGGCAACGGCGGCACCCAGCAAAUCUCCCAGUUUGCCGUACGCCUGCAGCAUUUCCGAACUGGCCGCUUACCAGCAAUCCUCCAGCGGGAACAGCUUUGCGAUGGGUGUUCCCGUGCAUGGACACACCCAGUGCCAGGGAGUAGCCUACGAUUCCAGCCCGCAACUGGCCACACCAGAGCCGGAGUUCAUCAACUACUCGCAGAUCAAGCAUUUGGGUGGUGGUGGUGGCGGUGGCGUUGGUCAGGAGGAGAUCAGCUGCAAGGCCGAACCGGGACCCACCAUAAAGUACAACGCCACCGUGGAGACGCAGCCGUAUGUGGAGGACAACUACGACUACUACUACAGUCCCAAGGCGGAGUACGAGAUGCAACAGCACCACCACCACCACCAGCAGCAGAACCACCAACAGUUUGGCGGAAAUCAGGCAGCGGGACAUCACUACUACGAGAGCGGUAGUGGCUAUAAUGGGGUCAGCUACUUUGACACCGGAACUACCACGGCACCAGGAAAUACGGCAACCGGAAAUGGCCUGGAAGCCGGAUACGGCGGCUACUACGAUCAUUACACCAGCUAUGAGCAGCAAAUGGCGGCAGCAGGUGGAUUUGCCACACCCGGAGGAUCCACUGUGCCGGCAGUGGCCCCGCCCCCUGGCCACCCACCGCCUCAGCCGCCAGCGCCCACGCUGACGUACCACCAUCACCACCACCACCACUUGCACCACCCGGCGGCAGCUACAGCACUGGCCCCAUCGGUCACCCAUUGAAUAGUACUUAACCAAUCCGGACACCGGAGGAUUACUCAUAGUCGAUAGCUAAGCAUAGUAACAUAGUCUUUAAAAAAUAGUGGUGAAAUCUUAAUUUCCAUCUGUACGUGUAGUGUUAAACGGAUUACCAAUUGUUUUUCUCGGCAAAUAAAUUAUGUAAAGUGUUGAUUU